AUUUAGCGUAUCAUACUCACAUCGUAGUGAAUCGUUAGUAAGUUGAGGAAGUUUUACUUCUUUCUUGCAGGUGAACAUUCGUAAACUGUUGAUUGGUUAUAAAUUUGCAGUUUAAUAGGAAUACAAAUAAUUUUUUUUUCUUAAGAACAAUCGAUAUGAGGCCAUCUUUAAAGAAAUCUUCUUCUUCAAAAGCAUCUCUAAAGGUAUUUCGUUCUGUACACUCUAGAAUCACUUAAUAUACAAAAAAUAAAGUUUACAUAGUAAUAUUUUAUCUCGCUUAUCACUUUGUGAGCAAUGCCGGUCUGUGAAGUCACCAUGACUACUCUGUACAUUUCAAUAGUCAUACGGGUUCUUUUUGGGCCUAAAAACAAUGUUAUAUUUCUUAAUUUUUUUAUUGUUUAAAUGAAAUUGUAGAGAACACAAAGUCAGCGAUCGCAACUUAGUAAAUCUCCGUCGAAAACAACUAACAAUAGUUCACCAAAAACACCAUUGCGCAAAUCUCCAUCGUCGGUCAAGAUGAAAAGAAAGAGAGUACCGACCAAAGUAUUUGAAAUAGAGUACACGCCCAGAGCUGCAUCAUCUAAAAGUAAAGCGAGAAAGGACAUUCUUUAUGAAAAGUUCACUGUAUUGGCUAUAAGAAAUGAAGAAGACGACUUCUUUCUCUGUAAAACUCUUUCUGAUAUUUAUGAAAGUACCAAUAAAUUUCCUCUACAAUGGUUUGCGGAAGAAGACGAUACUAAAUCGCACUAUAAAAGAAGUUAUGCCGAUAAAACUACUAAAGACAGUAUAUUGUGCUCCGUAAAACUAAAGAGAACCACGGUAGACGGUGAGAAUAAAUGGCUAUUGACAAAAGAGCGGAAAAGAAAAAUUGAUCAUCUUCUUGAAAAAUCUAUUGCUGGAUUAUCUGCAUCGGAAGAAUCUUCUGACGAUGAAAAUGAUGAAUUAAUGGAUGACAAUGAAGAAAAUGACGCAGACAUGGAUGGAGAAAAUGAGGACGAAGAUAAAGAUGAAGAUGGAUUUGAUGAUAAAGUUGUUAAAAAGAAGAAAACACCAAGAAGCAAUAAACGAAAAAGAGAGUCGACGAAUGCCAAGGUGAAAACUCCUAAGAAGCCGAAGCUCAAGAAGACUCUUUCCCAAAAAGAAAGAGAAAAGAAGGCAAAAGAGGAUCUAAAGAAAGCUAUUAAAGCUAAUCCCAAUCUUAAAUUGAAAAAAAAUAACGAUAUUCCUCUAAUCACAAAGGAUCUUACAUUCGAAAGCAGGGAAAGUCUGCCAAUUGAAGGAUCUCCUCAGUUGAAGUCACUGCUAGUUACUAGGGCUGUUAUUUUAGAAGAUGUUCCAAUGCUUCAGAAGCUAUUGAAAGACGAAAAGGGAAUAACCACAGCACUCCCACCUAGAGGAUAUUAUAACGAGGAUAAUCCACUAACAUAUGCAAUAAAGAAGGAAAAUUUUAAGAUUAUUAAUAUUCUUGGCAAAGACUGCAAAAAAGAAUGGACAAAUAAACUAACAAGGGCAAAUAGACCAAAAUGUCUUAUCCCUACUCAAGAAACUGGAAAGUAUAAUAGCUACUCUCUUGGAGGUACUCCCUUCAUUAGGGAGCUAUCUAUUAGUAGGGGAAGUAAAGAAGGAAAUCAGGCUUUGAUAAAGGAUAGCGUUACUUCACCCUUCGCCUACGAUUUUACUUUUGAUAAUCACCGCCUAUACUCUGCUCAUAGUUAUGUUAAAGUAGCUGUUAGUUUAGGCAAAUCUAAGGAUUUUAUCGUUAAACUACUGCAUUCUCUAGGAGAGAAAUAUGAAACACAUUUUAUUUUGGAUUGCGUCUACGACGCUGUUUCCAGAGGUCACAGGAAACUUGCCGCUGAAUUAUUACAAGAUAUUAUGAAAGAUAAUGAAGGAUUAUUCAAUUUUCUUCAUUAUCAAGUACUAGCGUUUGAUGGAAAAGAGAACUUAAAAACAUUUAGAGAAGUUUCCGCUAAAAAGCGACCUUGGAACAACCAUAAGAUAACACCAAUCCAUUGUGCCUGUAUUAAUCCUAAUCCUGUUUAUCUUAAGAAACUUUUGAGUGUUCUUCCAGAUAUUAACAUAACUGAUGAUAGAAGUACUAGACCUAUUCACUAUGCUGCCGCCUGUGAAGGGCCAGGACCUAUAGAGCUUCUCCUAAACAGGGGUUCAAGUCCCGAUGAGGAAAACUGCCAUGGAAUGAUACCAUUGAUGAUAGCUACCUCUCUUGGUAGAAAAGAAGUAGUUGAAGCUCUCAUAAACUAUGCUGAAACUAAAGGUUCAGAAGAAUCGGAUGAGGAUGAAGAGGAAGAUGGCAGAAAGAAGUUUAACAAAUUUGGAUUAGCCGGCAUAAAUAGACCAAUUAUGAAAGCUAGAAAACCACUAUUCUCUAUGACUUCUGUUCAUAUGGCAUGUCAUUUUGGCCAGAGGGAUAUUCUUAAAAUAUUGCUCGACAAAGGCGGAGAUUUUAAUAAAGGGAUAUCUGCCUCAGCUGAUAAAGUAACACCCAUGAUGAUCGCCGCCAGAAGAGGACAUUUAGCUUGCGUUGAAGAGUUAAUGAGUAGGGGCCACUUUAUAGAAACAAAAGAUAGGCGAAAGAAAACUGCUCUUCACCAUGCUAUCAUGUGUGGUCAUUCGACAAUUGUUUCUCUGUUACUGAGAAAUGGAGCAAAUCCAAAUUCUGCUGAUUCCAGCGGUAAUUCUUGUUUGCAUUAUGCAGCAGCUUACGGAUGGUAUUUUAUUGCCAAAAUGCUAUUGGAAGCUGGAGCAAAACCAGACGUAAAUAACGAUUGGAAACUAACGCCUUUAGCUGUUGCUUUCCUAAAAGGUCAUAUUUCUUUGGCAAACUACCUUAUUGAUGAUGUUGGGGUUGAUAUAAACAUUAAAAACGAUAAAGGAAUGACUCUAGUAUCAAUAGCGUCAAGUUCAAGUUUAAGUGAAGAUUUAUACGACCAAAUGGUUUAUCUUGUUGAAGAGAAAAAAGCGGACGUUACAAUUCUGGAUAAUAUGAAGAAUUCUCCAUUACACUAUUUGGCCCAAAAUAGUAUAGCAUCUUUUGGUCGUUAUAAUACAAAAGCAGCUGAUGAGGCUUUAGAAGCAAGCGUUAAAAUUGCUAGAUUAUUAAUAGAUAAUGGAGCUGAUACAAGUGGUGAAAAUUCUGAUAAAAAGACACCUUUAACUUUAGCUAUUGAGAAUGGUAAUAGAGAUUUAGCACGUUUACUAUUGGAGAAAAGUGGUUCAAUUUCAAGUACACCUAAUCAAGAUGGUCAAACUGCGUUACAUUUAAUGGCUGAACUGUGUAUAAAGAGGAAAAUGUCUGAAUUUAUAACUAUCUUGGCUCAAAAGAAAGAAAAUCAGGGUGAAAAUAGUCCAUUGAAGAAAAUGGCUUUAUCAGUUAAUAAGGCGGGUGAAACUCCAUUGCUAUUGGCGUGUAAAACUUAUUCUACGUGGAAUGGAAUUAUAGAAGAUAAAUCAUCAUUCGGCUGUGGCGGAGAUGAAGAUGAUGAGGAUGGGGAUGAAGAUAGUUGCGAUGAUGAUGCUGAUGAUGAUGAGGAUUACACUGACAGCGAGGACGCACCUCAACCUAAGAAGAAAGCUAAAACAGCUAAAAAACUUAAAACAACACCUGUACCUCAUAAGGAAGACAAAGUAUUAACUAGCGCUGAUCGGGAAAAACAGAGUAUUUUACGAGAUGCUAGAAGAUUUAUAAAUGAUUUAAUUAAAAUUUGUAAAAGUGACGUAAAUGCUCAAGUGAUAAAAAUAAGCGAAAAAGAUAAUGAAGAAAGUGCCUUUGGUGGCAAUCGUCGAGCAAGAUUCACUGCGUUUAACCGCCACUCUCAUAAUGAUUCAACAACUUAUGAAAGUUAUUGUGCACUGGAUUUCCUUCUUAAUUGUCGGUCAGAAUUGGUAGAUAAAGUUAACAAUGAAAGUACACAUUUUCCAGCAUUGCAAAUGCUUUUGGAUCAUAAAUCGAAUGUUAACAAACGUCAUCAUGAAGGUAGAUCAGUGUUAUAUUGGACAAUUCAUAAUGAAUGGGAGAAACAAGCGAUAAUGUUAAUUGAUGCUGGAGCCGAUGUUAACGAUGUAUCCCAACAUAAACAGGAUGAUAAAAGGACAGUACUAUCAAAAGCUGUCGAAACUGGCCAAAUAGAGGUUGUUAAAGAACUUUUACACAAUGGAGCUGAUCCUAACAUUUCUACCGGAAAAUUGAAUGAAACUCCUUUACAUUUAGCGACAAAAGCGCCUUUGGAUGCUGAACCUAAAAUUGAAAUGACAAAAGCUUUGCUUAAUUUCGGCGCAUCGGUUGCUAAACCAAAUAAACUGGGCCAAACCCCUCUACAUAUUGCUUGUUUAGCUAAUAGUGGUUUGGUUGAUAUCUCAACAGAAAUAGAGGAAAUAUUGAUAGACAGCGGAGCUGACAUUUUUGCAAAGGAUUCAAAAGAUCGUCUACCAUUGCAUUAUGCUUUCAUAAAUAUAAAUGACAGUGAACAAUCUGAAACAGUUGAUCCUAUUGAAUUAUUAUCACUUUUAACUUCUUCAAUGGGAAACAAGAAAAUUGAUGUUUGUGAUAAAAAUGGGCAAACUCCACUUCAUAGGGCAGCAAUACGAGGCGCUACAGUGUCUUGUAUGCAUCUUAUUGAAAGGUCAUGUGACAUUAAUAAAAUGGAUAACUUUGGAAAUUCACCAUUAGGCUAUGCAGCAACAUUCGAUCACGAGAGUUGUCUAAUUACGCUACUUCAAAAGAACGCCGAUAUUACUAUUCCGUUUAAUUAUAUUGGUAGAGAAUAUAAUUGCAUAGAAGAUAAGAUGGAUUUGGAAAAGGAAGAGAAGAAGGACAAAAAGCAGUAUCUUAUUUGGAAGCCAUUAAAACAACCCGAUGUUGAAGAAGAUACCAAAUGCACAGUUUCAAUAUUUCAAACGAUUCUUCAAAAGCAUUUGUCAGGCGUUGCAUACUUAAUGAUGGAUUUAUUCUCGAAAUUUAAAAUAACUUAUUUCAAUGCACUAGUUGACGCUUGUAAAGCUUCAUCAUUUAGAUUUAUAUUAACUAUAUUACACAAAAAGAAAGAAGUAAAUAUCUUGGACAAAUCGGCUGACAACAAAACUCUAUUACACUAUUUAGCGCAAGAGGCUGUAGACUAUGAAGAAGACUUAUAUAUAAGAGUUGCUGAUGCUUUUAUAAAAAAGGGAAUUGUCGUCGAUGCUAAAGAUAAUAACGGCUGUACCUGUCUUCACUAUUGCGCAAUAAAUAGGAAUAACAAACUUUUGGAUCAUCUAAUAACUAAAUACAAAUUACAAAGGCUCGUCAAUCAAAAGGAUAAAUUUAAUAGGACUCUCGUCAGCACAAUUAUAUUUUCUUCGAGUCAAACUAAUAGUUGUCCAGUAUCAGCUUUGAGAAAUCUUAUUAAACAUAAAGCCGAUUUCAAUACUACUUUUUCCUAUCCUGACAUUCCUAGAUUAUAUGGCUAUGAUGAAAAUGGUAUGAGUAGUCAGAGAAGCAGAUACAAGAUUUUUAAGGAGUAUCCUUUUGUUAUAACUCCAUUGAUUUUCGGCAUCCUAACUAACAAUGCUGAUUUAGUAACAUUUCUCAUUACAGAAGCUAAAGUUGAUCUAAACGUUAGCGAUUCAAAAGGAAGAACUCCACUUAUGCAUGCCGUCAAUUAUAAUAACUUUGGAAUGGUCAAUUUUCUUUUCCGAACCAGUUAUAAUAUUCACCAACCACAGUUGACCCUUUACGGACCUGUACGUGUGAAUAUAAACAAGUUGACAACGGCGAAAUCUGAAAAGAUUGAAUUGAAGAAGAAACAUUCAAGAACCUUUCAGCUGGGUCGUAAAAAACGAAAACUCGAUAAGAUAGCGCCCAUUGUUCAUUCAGAUGAAGAUGAAGAUGAAGAUGAGAAAGAAGAAGAGUCAGAUAUCGAAGUUGAUCCAUACGCUGAAUUAGGAACACAAGAAAAUUUUGUAAUCCCGUGGCCGAAAUAUUCUAAAACCGACAUUUUUACCGCUUACGUGACUGAUACUUACCAGAAACUCAGGGUAAACGUCAAUCAGGUGGACAAAGAUGGCAAUAGCGUCGCUCAUUUCCUUGCUAAACCUUGGGAUAAUCAUCCAACUUACGAUAGCGUACAAAUGUUGAUGACUUUAAAGACGGCAGGUGUAAAAUUUGAUGUAAAGAAUUCUGCUGGCCAAACGCCAUUCGAUAUAAUUAUCAGAGCGAAAGCUGAAAGCUUAUAUAAAGCAUUCAAAGUUUUAAAAUUGGUGAAAAAUGAUACAAGAGAAAUUACUUUUACUGAAUGUAGAUUGGAAACUUAUGAAAAUAUUAAUGAGAAAUUACCUGAUAUUGAUGUUGAUGCAGAUUUUGAGUCUCUUAAAGAUAAGGUCAUUGGUGGAGAUAUCGAGGAAGAAGAUACUAAACCUAAACUCGAUUCAGUAUUGAAAUUACCAUCAGCCACCUCAUAUGUUGUUAAAGACGAAGAAUUAGAUAGAUAUUUCGAUGUUCUAUUAACAAAAAUCGAUUUAAAAAUAGCUCGCUGUGGCUUAUAUAAUUUCUAUAAAAUGCAAGUUGUUCAUAAUCAAUCCGCUGAGUUAUUUAUAUUGUUGACAAGGUGGGGUAGAAUUGGUGAUGUAGGUCAACAUCAAAUGACACCUUUCAAUUCAAAAGAAGCGGCAGUUGCCGAAUUCAAAAGUAUAUUUAAAUCGAAAACUAGCAACAUAUGGAAUAGUGAUGAAUUUGAAAAAAAACCUGGUAAAUAUCGUCUAAUUAGAAAUCAAGAUAGAAAAGUGAAUGGUAGAAAAAACAAUGAUAUUAAUCUUAAAUUAAAAUCAACCAAGGAUUCAUUACUAAGUAAACCAUUACAGUCUUUCCUAUUAGAUUGCAUGGACAUCAGCUGUAUAAAGAAAUCUUUACAGUCACAUAAAGUUGAUAGAAAUCUCUUAGCAUUUGGACAUAUUGAAAAAGAAACAUUAGUGAAAGCUCUAGAUAUAAUUAAUCAAUUAUAUCCGAUAGUUGAAAAAUUAACUAGAUUAAAGUCGGAAUCAACGCCAAAGGUUGACGAAAUGGAGGAAGUUAUGGUUAAAAUUUUUAACCUAUCAAAUGAAUAUUUUCAUCUCGUCCCCUUAACUGGCUAUUCAUGCGAAGCUAUUAGUCCGCUAGAACAAAAGAAUUUACUUUUGAAAGAGGAGGGUAGAUUACGCGAUCUUUUGGAUAUUGAACUAUCUACAAAGGUUUUAGUAGGAGCAGAAUCCAGGAGUGAAACUAUUAAUCCUAUUGAUUAUGUCUACAAAUCUAUUAAUUGUAAGAUAAAGGUUCUAGAUGAAAACGAUAGAAUUACACAAUUUUUACUGAAGAUGACUAAAAGUGAAGGACUAUCAACUAAAAUAGCUAACGUGUUCGCUAUACUACGUCCUGGAGAAGAGUCCGUUAGAAAGGAUGUUGGAAAUCACUAUUUGUUGUUCCACGGAACUCGAACUAUUAAUUUACUUGGUAUUCUAUCCAGAGGUCUUUUAGUAGCACCACCUUCAAGUGAUACAACUGGAGCAAGAUUUGGCAAGGGGGUUUAUCUGGCAGACUCUUUCCAGAAGAGUUACCAAUAUUGUCAUAACUUCAACGAAAAGUCACCCUAUAAUUACAUGUUUGUCUGUGAAGCAGCCAUUGGUAAUCAUUUUACUAUAACCAACACGGGAUAUGCUGAAAAACUGCCAAAAGACUGCGAUUCACUGCUUGCCUUAAGCUUAAGAGCACCCGACAUGGCUCACGACAUAAGAUUAUCUUCAGGGGUAAAACUUCGACUUGGAAAUCAAGCCGACCACGAAAAUGUCUUUGACCGCCAGAAAUAUUUCACUUAUAAUGAUAAUGAGUACAUCAUCCCGGAUUCAGAUCAAAUUUCCCUACGCUACAUUAUACAAUUCGAAAAAUAA